AUGUCUUUCACUAAAAUCGCUGCCUUAUUAGCUGUUGCCGCUGCCUCCACUCAAUUGGUUUCUGCUGAAGUUGGACAAUAUGAAAUCGUCGAAUUUGACGCUAUUUUGGCUGAUGUCAAGGCCAAUUUGGAACAAUAUAUGUCCUUGGCAAUGAAUAAUCCAGACUUUACCCUACCAUCUGGUGUUUUGGAUGUUUACCAACAUAUGACCACUGCUACUGAUGAUUCCUACACCAGUUAUUUCACCGAAAUGGACUUUGCUCAAAUCACCACUGCCAUGGUUCAAGUGCCUUGGUACUCUUCUAGACUGGAACCUGAAAUCAUCGCUGCUUUACAAAGCGCGGGUAUCAGUAUUACCUCCUUAGGUCAAACCGUUUCCGAAUCUGGUUCCGAAUCUGCCACUGCUUCCUCAGACGCUUCUUCUGCUUCUGAAUCCUCUUCAGCUGCUUCUUCUUCUGCUUCUGAAUCCUCUUCAGCUGCCUCCUCUUCUGCUUCUGAAUCCUCUUCAGCUGCUUCUUCCUCUGCUUCAGAAUCUUCUUCUGCUGCCUCCUCUUCUGCUUCUGAAGCUGCUAAGUCUUCUAGCUCUGCCAAGUCUUCUGGCUCUUCUGCUGCUUCAUCUGCUGCUUCAUCUGCUUCUUCCAAGGCCUCUUCUGCAGCUUCCUCUUCUGCAAAGGCCUCCUCUUCUGCAGAAAAAUCUACUAAUAGCUCCUCCUCUGCUACCUCCAAGAACGCUGGUGCAGCUAUGGACAUGGGCUUCUUCUCCGCUGGUGUUGGUGCCGCUAUUGCCGGUGCCGCUGCUAUGCUCUUAUGA